AUGCAUUUUGUUAAGAAUUUUGAUGAAAAUUUCCUAAAAAUAAUUAAAAGAAAAUUUGCAAAAAAUAUAGAAAACAGUUUAAAGCCAUCUUCACUAAGAAUAAAAAGUGAUAAAAAAAAUUUUAAUGAUAUAAUUAAUAAAUAUUUACCUAAUAAAAUUUUAAAAAAAAAGGAUAAACAACCAAAUAAAAACUAUGAUUCUAAUGAGAAAUAUUAUUUAUCUUCAAAAAUAGGAAGAAAAAUUAAAUUUCAAGAUACUAAUAAUGAUAAAAACGCUAAAUUAUUAGAACAAAAUAAUAUUAAUUUAAAUGAUAAAAACAAAACAUUAUUAGAAGAAAAUAAUAGAAAUGAUUUAUUUCCGAAAGAAUAUGAAAGUAAUUUAAAUACAUUAGAAAAAUCUGAUGAGUUAUUAGAAAUUUCAAAAGAAGAAUAUGAAAUUCAAAAAUAUAAAAAUAAAUUACAUAAAAAAAUUUGGUUGACUCUCAAAAAAAAUAAUGAGAAAGAAUUUCAAUAUUAUUUUGAUAUUCUAAAUAAGUAUCCUUUAAAAGACGAAGUUUCUUAUUCUAUAUUAUUACAUGGUAAUUUAAUAAUUUCUAAUGGGGAAAAUAUUAGUGAAUCAUUUAAAAUAUUAAAUGAGAUGAAAUUAAAAAAAGUACAUUGUUCAUUAAUUAGAUUUAAUGAAAGAUUAUUACAUUCUUAUUAUGAAUUAAUAAAAUUAAAUGCACGACCAAAUAUCACUCAAUGGAAUAAAGUAUUAAGGACUGUAUGGUUUACUUCUGCUUUAAUUAAAGCAAGAAGACAAAAAUAUAUUUUAAGAAAAAUCAAAAAAAUCAAAAAGGAUAAUUCCGUUUCAUUAAGUAAUUUUAAUAAUAUUUUUAAUAUUCAUAAUUUAGAGGCUCUUUAUAUUGAAAAUAAAGAUCCUUUAAUUGGUAGAAAUUUUAAAGAAAUAAAUUAA